AUGGCGCCUAAGAGAAAAUAUGACAAUAAUUAUAUAAAAUUUGGAUUUACCUCGAUAGAAAGUAACGGGGAAAUAAAACCACAGUGCGUUAUAUGCGCAACCGUUCUCGCAAAUGAAGCGUUGAAACCAGCAAAAUUGAAACGCCACUUAGAAACGGUACAUCCAGAUUUAUCUAACCGCCCGCUUGAAUUCUUUCAAGGAAAAUUAGAGGUCCUAAAAAAAAUGAAACUCGGGCCUAGCGGCUCGAGAUUUGCAACAUCGGAAAAGUUAUUAGUAGCGUCGUUUGAGAUUUCUAAAUUAAUAGCACAAUCUAAAAAGCCACACACAGUUGGAGAAACACUCGUAAAACCUUGUUUGAUCAAAGCCGUCGAAGAAGUUUUAGGAUUAGAGGCCAAGAAAAAAAUACAAGACAUACCUCUGUCCAAUAACACGGUCAAAGCUCGAAUUGAGCUUAUGUCAAGUGAUAUAGAGGAGCAACUUGUGUCAAGAAUAAAAAAAUCGCCAUUUUUCGCUUUGCAGUGUGAUGAGUCGACCGACAUUUCAAAUUGUUGUCAACUACUUGUAUUUGUUCGCUUUUUAGACGACGACAACAUAAUUAAAGAAGAGUUAUUGAUUUCACGGGAACUGGACACAACAUCAAAAGGUAUCGACGUCAUGAACUCAAUAUCCGAAUUUUUCGAGAAACAUAAUCUUAUGUGGGAUAAACUCGCUGCCCUCUGUACCGAUGGUGCUCCAGCAAUGUUGGGAUCACGUUCCGGGCUGGCGACAUUAGUAAAACAGAAAAAUCCUAAUGUAAUUACAACGCACUGUAUCAUACAUCGCCAGGCGUUGGCUUCAAAAACUCUUCCUGGAUGCCUCAAUGAUACACUAAAAAUGGCCAUAAAAAUUGUAAAUCUUAUUAAAAGCAGCGCCUUAAAUACACGACUUUUCAAAAAGUUAUGCACUGAAAUGGACUCUGAUCACGAGACACUUCUCUUUCAUACCGAAGUUCGAUGGCUAUCGAAAGGUAAUAUGCUGGGAAGAUUAUAUGAACUGAGAGCAGAGGUUGAGAUUUUUCUGGGUGACAAAAAAAAUAAUGAUUUGUUGAAACAAUUUACUAAUCUGGCAUGUCAGAUGGACUUGGCGUAUCUUGUGGAUAUUUUCACACAUUUAAAUAAAUUAAAUAUACAACUGCAAGGUUCUGGAAAUAAAAACUUAGAGAAUGUCGCAAAUAUAUUCAUUUUUGAAGAUAAACUUCGUGCUUUUAUCUGCAAACUUCAAUUGUGGUUACGUAAAAUUGAAGAAAAUAAUUAUUCUGCGUUUGCGACAUUACAAUCACUUGUGGAAGACAAAAAGUAUGACGCUUUUACAGCAAAUAUUCAAGAAAACAUUAAGACUCAUUUACAUAUGUUGAUUGAUGAAUUCAAUCGUUACUUCCCAGAAUAUAACGAAGAAGCUAAUCUUGAUCAAAAAAUGAUUCGUAACCCUUUUAGCACGGACGCUAGUGAAGUUACAGAAGAAAUCCAAGAAGAGCUCAUUGAAUUACAAAAUGACAGAAACUGCAAGGAUGCUUUUGAAUCGAAUUCACUUGAGUCAUUUUGGUGUAAAAAAGCACUUUCUUAUACUAAACUUCGAGAAAUCGCCUUACGCUAUUUUAUCGUUUUCUCAACCACUUAUUUAUGUGAACAAGGAUUUUCUGCUUUGCUGGUAUUAAAAAACAAGGCGAGAAAUCGUUUGAAAGUAAGUGAUGAUUUACGUGUGGCUCUGAGUAACAAUAUCAGUCCUAGGAUAGCCGAACUCGUGAAGAAGAUGCAAGCUCAGAAAUCGCAUUAA